AUGCAGCAGCUGGUUGGGCAAAGCUUGACCAACAACUACGGCACCUACUUCUUCCAAUUGGCCGGAAACUCGGACCUGUUCACCGUCACGAUGAUCCUCGCCCUCUGCCAGCUUGCGGGUGUUAUGGCCUCUGCCGUGGCUGUUCUCUGCAUUGGUAUUGUCGGUUGCUUCAAUUACACUGGUAAAGAACUGGGUAGCUUGUUGGUGUUCUUCGGCUGCCUGCCUAACUUCGGUUGCAUCGGCGGCGCCGGCAUCGCAUACACCUACGUCGCUAAGAUUCCCACCCAGCGCCUUCGUGCUCGAACCGGUUCCGUAGCUCUGAUGGGUUCCUUUUUGCUCGGUAUCAUGUUCAACUACACUGUUCCCUUCAUGCUCCAGGUAUGGAACGUUGGGGCUGGGUUUUUCUUUGGAACCGUCGGCAUUCUAUCUUGCGCUGUUGGCUGGUAUAUCCUGCCUGAGAUGGCCCGCCGAACCCCGGCCAAGAUCGAUGAGAUGUUUCAAGAUAAGAUCAAGCCGAGAGCUUUCCGCAAUCAUGUCACGCAGGUCCAGAUUUACCUUUAA